AUGGAGGUCUGCUUCAGGGUGAUGUCCCAGCCGGACUCGUCGGCGGACUUCUUGGACGAGCUGCACUUGGUGAUGGAGAAGGAGCGAUUCAUAUUGCCGAUUAAAACAGCCGACGCGUGCGAAGCGUCCUUCUGUUGCGCACGCGUAGCUCGUCUCCACAGAAGCAAGCUCCCAUCUUUAAGCAUGUGCGCACAAGCGGCUGCAGCAAUGGAGGUGCCCACAGUCACCGUGAGUCAGAUCGCAAACUUCCCAGUCGACUCCGAUUUCUUCCAAGUGCAUGGGAAAAUAGUUGACCUAGAUAGUCCCACGCAAAACAACAAGCCCAAAGUGCGCGAGCUGCCAUUUGGACACCUGUUCACUACAGCUGCAGUCUUCCAAGACAAAGAAGGGAAUAGAAUCACGGUGGAAGCCACAAGCAGGGACAAGCAUUCUGUGGAGUAUGUGAGCGACAAAUGCGCAAAAGAAAGCACCAUACUCCUGUACCGUCCGACGGUCGCUUCAUGCAGGUAUUCCCUGACGGAUCAUCCAACUUCCCUGAAGGUGACGGAAGGACGCACCAUGAUCAUGAAGUCUGAAGAGGAGAUCGUAUCGAUCGUGGAAACUCCAGUCAGCUUCGACGCUCUCCAACCUGGCGGCGUUCACAAAAUCGAAGGUCUACUGGUCUACAAGAGCCGUGUGUGCAAACCGAUGACGUCAAGAGGUGACCGCGAGGUCGUCAAAAUUGUCAUAAAGGACAAAAGCGGCAUCAUGGGUAGCAUCGCAAUCUGGGGCGACAUGGCGCACCUACCUGAACUCAAACAGCUGAAGGUCCGUGCUGACGUCGUGGUCAUCAGCGGAGUACAGUACGAUGAAGACCAGGGCUGUUCGAGCACGCGAAACACUGUCAUCUGCAAGAGUGACGCGUCAGCAGCUGCUGUGGCUGCUAUCGGUCUGACCUACCGAAUCGUCAACGAAGACAGAAUCAUGCCGUGGUCUCGAGUCGUCCAAUCUCUGGCCGGCAACAAGUGGACUGCAGCGACGGUGCUUGCGACGUUCAUCAACUUCACGAAAGUCGACUCCAUCGCGUACGGCUGCUACGAGUGCAGCGGUGCUGCAAGCAGAAACCCGGUCACGCGCCAGCUCUUCUGCGAGCAGGGAUGUCAGCCGGGACCGCUGACGGACGCGUGCGUAGAAGUCACCGUGUCAGUGGACAUCCGGGUGGAUGCAGGACCGGACGUCCUGGCCGUCAAAAUCUGGUCAAACGACUUCGUCGUCGUCACCGGCACGCACCUGACGAGCUUCAGCAUCAAACCUCCAAACGAACAGCUGGACAACCUUAACACCCGUCUGAAGAACAAGCGCUUCGCGAUGCACCUGCGCAUCCGUGAGAAUCCGAACACGCAAUUCAGCCAAUACCAAGCCAAUAUUGUGGGCAUCGAGCUGCCGCCAGAGAAAGGAUUCUUUUCGAAGAAGUACAAGGCAGAGUAA